GAUUGAAAAUGCAGGCAGCGAAGAAAGCGGUGGAGAGCGUGAAGGAAACCGCCGCAAACAUUGGUGCUUCUGCCAAGUCUGGUUUGGAGAAGACCAAAGCCACUCUUCAGGAGAAGAGUGAGAAGAUUAGUGCACAUGAUGAAAGGGAGAAGGAAAGGGCGACUAAGAAGAAACAAGAGAAGAUAAACCAGGCCGAGAUGGAGAAGCGCCAGGCGCGUCAGCACAACGCUGCAGCCAAGCAGUCUGCCAUUGCUGGACAGGCCCACGGGCCUCAGACAGACACAACUGGGCCUGAGUCCGACAACGCUGCAAACACUGGGCCAGCGUCUGAGACUUCGACCUUUACCACAACUGGGCCCGGGCCCGAUGCCAUACCCCCAAGUACUGGGCCUGGGCUUGGGUCUGAGUCUUCCAUGUACCCCACCGGUGAAUUUGGACAAAUGGAAUCUAACGAAACGGCAAGAAUGUCUGAGCCUGAUGAUAGGUAUGUUCUUGACCAUGGGCCUGAGGCUGGGCAUGAGGCACUUCCCCCGAUCGAGACUAAAACUGUCGUGGAUACAACGACCCAAACUAGCAUUGGGGGAGAAAGUGCUCCUACGAGUGGGCCUACUUUCAGUUGAAUAACAACGAUUCGUGAAAACUUUGAAUGUAGAUGUGUUUUGUAGGUAGUUAGGUUAUGCUAUGUUUUUAGAUUAUGUAGCUUUGGGUGUUGUAUUUUAUUAAUCUUACGUUGUAUACUUUUGUGUGUGUUUUUCGUAGUUCAUAACCCUUUUGGUUAUGGGACCAGUGUUGUACGUGGAACAUUUAGUUCCUCUUAGUUACCUUAUCUGUCUGUCUCAAUAAAUAAAAGUGUAGUCUCAAGGAAUGGUGUUUUUUUUUCUUCAUAAUUUCAU